GUGGACACUCCAUAGUGGCCACUCCUCUUUCACUUCACCUGCCAAUGCUGAAACUGCAGUCACAAGCUCAGAUCAGAUACGCUUACUGCUGGUAGCUAACAGACCUCAAGACUGGGUACUGGUGCCUGGUAUUAUGGCAACAAACUGGGGUUGUUCUAACAUUGGCACCAACUCCUUAAAGCUCCUCCUCAUAGGGCCGAAACGGACAGGCAGGAGCUCCGUAGGCAACACUCUCUUGGGCAGGCAUGCGUUUGAGACAUGGGGAGGUGCUAGCACAACCAUCGUGCACGGCAUCUCCGAGGGCCGCCAGUUGACCAUUGUGGACACGUACGGUUGGGGCCCAGAGGAGAACAGCAUCCCUAGAAGGGAGAAACUGGAGCUUUUCAGUGCCCUGUCUCUUUGUGAUCCAGGCCCCCACGUCCUGCUCCUGGUGCUGCCCUUGCUGCAGUUCACAAAGUCAGAACGGACUGCCCUGCAGAGGCGUAUGGAGCUGCUGACAGAGGGCGUGUGGAGGCACACUAUGGUGGUGUUCACAUUGGGUGACCGUCUACAAGGGCAAACAGUUCAGGAGUGCCUGCAAGGAGGUGGUGAACACUUGGAGUGGCUACUGACCAAGUGCAGGUACAGGUACAGAGUUCUGAACAACAAAGCAACCCAGGACAGAGUGCAGGUGUCCGGCCUGCUGGACCGCAUGGAGGAUAUGCUGAUGGAGAACGGAGAGUGGCACUUCUCCCUGCACAUGUACCGCCGGCUGGAGGAGGAGUGGAGUCGUCGAGAGAAGGAGAUUGUGGAGAGGAAGGAGAGAAGGGAUGAGAAGAAGCAGACUUGUCAGAGGCGGCUGGCCAUGCUAAACAGCAACGAUGGAUUGCUUAAAGUUGUUAGCCAUGGCUAAUGUCUGCCAAGAUCAAUUUAGCCUAAGGAAGGUGCACCAAUAAGUCCGGCUAGAUUUCCAGCUGAGGUUGCUAUAACAAAGAUUCUCCAACAGAGAUGUUCACAAGUCACUUUAGGCUAGUCUUGAAUCUCUGUGAAGCAGGUAUGCGGCACGUCUCAAGUCUUUAGUAGCAGAAUUUUAGUUUAGCGUCAUUCUUAGCUACACUGUACAAAAGUAAAGCACCGACUAAAAGCUUGUCAGGUUCUACGCAGCUUCAAAUAGUUAGACUUUCAUUAUUAAAAAACAUUCCAACUGAAGGACAGAGCUAAAGCCUUGGAGUUAGUCUGUAGCUUGCACAGCAAGUAUGCUAACUAGCUAGCAUAUUAGCAACUCAGUAGCUGUAGUUUUAGUCCGUUUUAAAGAAUUGUGACAACUUCAGCUAAAACAGCCACUGUGCUUAGCUGGCAUACCAGCUAUUCACGCCACAUUAGCCAACUGUUUUAAGUUCUUUUGCUUCUUUCAUUGCAAAACAGCAUAGCAUGUAGCCUAGCAUGUAGCGCUUCGUCCCUUUCAGCAGAUUUAUUUGAAGCUAUUUCAAACCUGACAACGCUGCAAGAUGUGGGAGAACAGCAGCACUGUGCCUGACUGUGCAGUGUGUACUUUCUUGGAGGUUUUAAUUUCAUCCAUUUUGUACAUUUUUUAAAGGGCUUGAAAUUUUACGAGUGGUAUGUCUUGAAUCUGAGACAGCAGCCAGUUAAGGCGUUGUUUUUGCAUUUUGACUGACUUAAAACUCCCCAUCUCUUCUCUCCAACACGCCACAACAACAAUAAACAUAAAUCAAAAUAAACAUAUAUGAAGUCUACAGUAAACCCUUAUAAUCCCAGGCUUAUUUGGUACUAACUGCUUAUUUGGUAAUUAUAGGGACUUCAGUGAAAACUGAUUGAGCUUUUAUAAAACUCUGGGCCUGGCGAUUUAAGGUGUUAUGUCUUUGGAUAUAACUGUAUUUUUAUUCGGAAGAUUAUGAACCAUAAAGACAUUUUCCCCUUUAAAAACCUUUGAGCUCUUAUGUAAGCUACACUAGCAACCAUAAAUGCCGCUCCCACAAGCGGUCCUGAUUGGUCACAUUUGUUUCAGGUGUAGAACUGGAGAUAAUGUAAUUAUGCUGUACAUGCCUGUGAUGUAUUUAAACUGUAUGAAAAUAAGUUUUACAGACUUGCAUAAUUACGACAGAGUUUCAUCACAACCGUGUCAUCCUGUGCUCUUUCUGACGCAAACUCCCCUCUGGCUGACAGUUUUGCCUUUCAGGUGUCAGCAACACUAUCAUCCAAACCUGGAUCUGCAUGUCAAAAUCUAAGAUCAAAUCAGGGCUGGCAUACAGAAGAGCUGGGAGCUUCAGCAGUAGGCUCGACUCAAAGUUAGAGGCUCAAGGUCACAUGCUAUAAAAUAAUCAUCAUAUAAUGAAACAGAAGGCAUUUGUCUGAAGCCUGUAUGUAGCCUGUAUCAUAUCUGGACAGGCAAAGGUCUUGACUCUAAUUGUACUGAUUAUGAGGUGUCAAGCUGGAUGUUGUCAAGACCAAAGUUGACUCAAAAAUUUCUUGCAUAAUCCAAACGACAGGUUUUUACUGCUGUUCUUGUCUGAUAAAAGCCUCAUCAUUAUAGUAGCAUCCACGCUGUUAGUACAGCGCAGGAGCUGCUCAGCAUAUAUUGAUCAUCACAUUUUAAAAAAAACAUUGGCAUCAUUUAUUACUUCUUUGAUUUGUUUUUUUUUUUAAUUGUUUUGUUUUUUUUCCCCAAAAAUCCUGGGUGAACUUCUAGGCCAAAAAUAUCCAGUUGUUUUUCCUCUCAGAACCAAAUGUACAGCUCUUAAUUUGUUAAUUUACUUUGAUGCCUCAUUUUACUUUGAAUUUCUAUUUCUAUUUGACAAAUGAAUUUUUUUCUCUGUACAAUGCACAUUCAUUUCACAUUUUUGAAAUGCCUUUCUGUGGCGCUGGAUUUACUGCUGUACAAAUAAACUUACCCAAUUUCA